ACGAUUCAUCAGCUGGAGAAUGAGCUUAGAGGAACAAAGUGGGAAAUGGCACGUCACUUGAGGGAAUACCAGGACCUCCUCAAUGUCAAGAUGGCCCUGGAUAUUGAAAUUGCUGCAUACAGGAAGCUACUGGAGGGCGAAGAGACAAGAUUCAGUGCCUUCUCUGGAAGCAUUACUGGACCCAUCUUCACACAUAGGCAACCAUCUGUCACAAUAGCAUCCACUAAAAUUCAGAAAACAAAAAUUGAACCACCAAAGCUGAAGGUCCAGCACAAGUUUGUAGAAGAAAUCAUUGAAGAGACAAAGGUAGAGGAUGAAAAGUCUGAAAUGGAAGAUGCCCUAGCAGCUAUUGCAGAAGAAAUGGCAGCCAAGGCCCAGGAAGAAGAACAGGAGGAAGAAAAAGCAGAAGAAGCAGCUGUAGAGGAAGAAAUUGUUUCUGAGAAGGCUGCUGCAGAACAAGCAGCUGCACCUGAGGAAGAAGAAAAGGAGGAAGAGGAAGGAGAGGAGGAAGAAGCUGCAAAAUCUGACGCAGCAGAAGAAGGAGGUUCUGAAAAAGAAGAAAUAGAGGAAAAGGAAGAAGGAGAGGAGGCUGAGGAAGAGGGGGAAGAAGCUGAAGCCAAGGGCAAAGCUGAAGAGGUGGCAGCAAAGGUAGAGAAGGUCAAAACACCUCCCUCAAAGUCACCCCCAAAAUCCCCCCCUAAAUCCCCUGUGACAGAGCCAGCCAAGGCUGUCCAGAAAGAAGCAGCUGCAGAAACAGGAAAAGAACAGAAGGUGGAGAAGGCUGGUGAGAAACCAGCCAAGGAGGAGGAGAAAGCAGCCUCUCCGGAGAAGCCAGCAACACCAAAGGUAACCUCCCCAGAGAAGCCAGCUACCCCAGAGAAGCCUGCAACACCAGAGAAGCCCUCGACCCCAGAGAAAGCAGUGACCCUGGAGAAGCCAGUGACACCGGAGAAGCCCCGCACCCCAGAAAAGCCGGCGACCCCAGAAAAGCCUCGCUCUCCAGAAAAGCCAGCGACUCCAGAGAAGCCCAGUUCUCCAGAGAAGCCAGCCUCCCCAGUCAAAGAUGAAAAGGCUGUGGUGGAGGAGACCAUCACAGUCACAAAGGUAACAAAAAUUAGUGCAGAUAUAGAGAAGGAGUCCAGGAAAGAAGACAUUGCAGUGAAUGGUGAGGUGGAGGAGAAAAAGGAGGCAUCCAAAGAGAAGGAGGUUGAGGAGGAAGACAAGGGAGUUGUCACUAAUGGCCUAGAUGUGAGCCCAAUUGAUGACAAGGGUGAGAAAAUUGUAGUAACCAAAAAAGCAGAGAAAAUCACUGGUGAAGGUGGGGACAGUACAACCACGUACAUCACAAAGUCGGUGACAGUCACUCAGAAGGUAGAGGAACACGAAGAAAGCUUUGAGGAGAAAUUAGUGUCCACCAAGAAAGUGGAGAAAGUUACUUCACAUGCUGUAGUAAAAGAGAUUAAAGAGACCGAAUAAAAAUAAAUCAUAGCUAAAUUAAACAAAUUUAAAGAGCUUGGGUCGGUGCAAAAGGUUAAGCCAUAUGACAGCUGCAAAAUGCAUGUGAGUGACGGCUUCAAAGCAGAACGGGUUCUCUCAUGGAGGCUCCAGACACACAGUAUUUUACUUUUUUGUGCAAUAUAGGGGAGGGGGGGGGAAUGCAUGCAGGCUCAAGAUGUACUCCCUCCACAGAGCUUGGGGAUCUAAAAAAAAUAAAAAAUAAAAAAAUAAUACUAAUAAUAGUGCAUGAGAUGAAUUGUGCAAAGGAAGCUUUUGAAUUUCCUGAGCUGUUGGAGGGACAUAUCUGAGGAACGACUUAAGAUGUAUUAUGCAAAGAACCAACUGAGCCAAAACCAAACAGAAAACAGUAAUAGAAUAUUCAUGAGAACCAGAAGUCUCCUAGCCUUAAAAAAAAAAAAAAAAAAAGCUACUUAUAAAUAAUUAUGUUUACCUCACUGGUGCAAUUAGGGUGGACUUUUGCUCAUGGGAGAACCUAGUUGACAUGCACAGUACGCAACCUUUUGUUGUUUGAUGUAAAACAGUCACAGCAGUUCUUGCUCAAUAAAGGUCAAUACUGAAAACAUGA